AUGGAAGAAGGAACUGCCCCAGCGCCCUCUGAACCACCUCCGCUGCCAUAUUCGCUACAUACCAGGAAAAAGUCCAUUGCAAUCUUCUGGACCAUCUUCGUGGUUGACACUUUGGCCCAGCCGUUGAUUCUUUACUGGUGCCUCUGGUAUCUGACCGAUCUAUCACACAACUUGGUGUUCUCCAUCGUCACUGCAUCACUUGGAGGUGUCUCCGUUUUUGAAUACUUCUAUCGCCUCCAUAAUUUAUUCCGCAAACACUCGCGCGCCCGACCCCUGAACGCCCGGUCAUCAUGGCUGGAUUUCUUUCAGAUCAACUUCACCAUUGUGUGGUUGAUUCUCGCCGUCAUACUGGUCGUUGGAUCGGUUCCUGAAGAACCUUAUGUGCGCCUCGUUGCCAUGGUCCUACCAGCCGUCAUGUUUUACUUCGGCAUCGUCUACCUUGCCCUCGACGUUUUCCGUAUGUUGGGCUUCAAAGCCCCGUUCCGAAUCUCAUCCACACCCAAGGGCUCAGUGAUGCCGACAGCAUUAUAUGCCCUGAUUGAAGAUGUUGUGGCAGUUGAUGGUGGUGGUGGACAAAUAUAUCGAUAUGCUCUUCGAACACGAUACUUGUCGAGUCCCUACUUUCGGCGCAUGCUGUUUGAAAUGAACUGCUUUUGGAGUGGAGGAUCUAUUAUAUUUGCCUCCGCCAUCACCGCUGUGGUGUUUACGGUUCAGGAAAAUGUUGCAUUCACGCUGGGCUGGACCCUUCCGUUUGCCUGGGCCAUUGUUUGGACUUUGAUCACGAUUCCUUGGGUUCAAAGUGACCUACGUCGCGAAAAGAAGGCGUGGGCAGAGAACCGUGGCCAAGGCGGCAUCCCUUGGGUUGACGACAUCGACGCACCCACUGCACGUACCCGUUUCGCGUCAGUCCAGGCUAACGUGUGGCCUUGGACUCGCGAUAAACAGAGCCCUCCGUCAACACUCUCCGAUGGUGCUGGUGCCGAGAAAGUUGUCGAUGGGCCCAUUGACGGACCCUCCAAUGAAUCUUCUCAGGGAGUGCACAAUACAUCGGUUGGUGCUCCCAAUGGGGUUUCUCACAUGACUGACGAGACUCAUGAGGGAAUACCUCGUGAUACUUCCGAUGUCAAAGAAUCCGACAAGUCACCAGUGUAA